AAGCAAUCGGCCAAGUUCGUCAACUACAAGAGGUUCGGUUUACCUACGAGCUGUCGAUCGCCAGCUGGCUAGUGAAUGGUUUGUCGACGACAUCGAGGAUGAUAGAGAUGAAGGCCUUCGGGUUUGGGUCGACCCGGACUUACUGGGGACAAAUGAACUUCGCGGAGCUAGCUGGGUCUGUGUUACUAUCCUUCAACCCUCAGGCCUCAAGCCCCCUCCGGAUCCUCAGCAGCAAGCGAAGGAAACGGAACAAAAGACCAAUGAAGCUGGCCUUCCAGCGACAAAGCUUGUCGCUAAAUUACUCGCUUGGGAAGAUGCACCAGAUAAUCAGCACGUCGCCAUGUCAUCUCUACUGUGCUCGUCAUUGAACAGCGGAGGAAUUGUCGGGGGAAUUGUCCGCAUUCAGGCCGCGCCACCGCAAAUACAGAAAUCCGUGGUUAAAUCCCUAAAACUGUAUCCGUUCAUGUCCGACGCCUCGAAGCGGAAAGAUGGAUUGAAGUUCGGUGCUGACACGGUGGCAGCUAAAGAUAUUCUAGCGGAGCGUGUAAGACUGAUUUAUGGUGGCUCUGAAUCCGAUACUCGACUGCUAUCAGGGCCUUUAGUCGAUGGAAUCGUGCUCCCGAAGGCAGGUGGCCUCUCGAUGCCCUCUACAUUUGACGGCGGUAUUCUCCGUUUUGAGCCUCCGCUGAAAGGAAGCCCAGAUGGGGUAAAGGCGCCGUUUGGGUGGCUCCUGGGGUCAGAAGCCAAACUGAAUAUUGAAGUACAACCCGAGAUACCUAAACCAAGUGACCCGAGCGCUUUGGCGUCGCCUAGCAACGAUCCGCUUCCCACUUCAAUUCCGGAGAUGGUGGGUAUCGACUCGAUAAUUUCCCAGUCCCUUGCCAGCCUCACCAGGUCUUCUUCAAUUCUGGUAGCUGGUGGACUUGGGGCUGGGAAAACGACACUCAGUCAUCUCCUGGCGCAUCGUCUCCGACGGGACUAUUUUUUCAACGUGCAAUACUUCUCCUGUCGAAAACUCGUUACCGAUGAGACGCGAAUUUCCAAUGUCAAAGAUACCCUCAGUCGUUUGUUCAUGUCUGCGUCUUGGUGUGCCCGCCUUGGCGGUCGGUCCGUCGUGAUCCUAGAUGAUCUUGACAAGCUAUGUCCCGUCGAAACUGAAUUGCAAGUGGGCGGGGAAAACGGUCGUAGUAGACAAACAAGCGAAAUUGUCUGCUCUAUAGUCCGGGAAUACUGUUCGUUGAACUCUUCAGUCGUGUUGCUGGCGACUGCACAGUCCAAGGAAACCUUGAACAACGUCAUAGUGGGUGGUCAUGUGGUCCGGGAGAUUAUGAGUUUGAAAGCGCCAGACAAGGAAGGGCGACGAAAAGUUUUGGAGAAAUUAACCAGCGAGGAUCGCGAUGCUGUUCCAUUUAACGGCGGCCGAGCACGAAACCCAAGCGCCUCUACGCACGACUCCUGGUUAGACCCUUCGAAUCCUCAAAGCCGCCCCAGCUCUGCUGGGAGCGAUGGCUUCGUGUUGGCAGGGGAUUUGGAUUUCCUGGAGAUAGCAGGAAAGACAGACGGGUACAUGCCUGGUGAUCUUGUCUUGCUCGUCGCUCGUGCACGAAAUGAAGCUCUUAUCCGCUCUGUUCAAGAAAACCCGGGAGGUACAGGCCCCAUCAGUCUCGGGGUUGAGGAUUUUGAAAACGCUUUGAAGGGCUUUACUCCAGCGUCUCUGCGUAAUGUUACUCUCACAUCUUCCAACACGACGUUCUCCACCAUUGGUGGAUUGCACGCAACCCGCCAAACUCUCCUUGAGACGCUGCAAUAUCCAACCAAAUACGCUCCUAUAUUCGCCCAAUGCCCCCUCCGUUUGCGGUCUGGCUUACUUCUCUAUGGCUUCCCUGGUUGUGGAAAGACGCUUCUGGCCAGCGCAGUGGCGGGAGAGUGUGGACUGAACUUCAUCAGCGUCAAGGGCCCGGAAAUCCUGAACAAGUACAUUGGAGCCAGUGAGAAGAGCGUGCGUGAUCUCUUCGAAAGAGCGCAAGCGGCACGACCCUGCGUUCUAUUCUUCGAUGAGUUUGACAGUAUCGCGCCGAAACGUGGUCAUGACUCUACAGGUGUCACCGACCGCGUGGUCAAUCAGCUCCUCACGCAGAUGGACGGUGCUGAAGGCUUAUCCGGCGUCUACGUACUAGCCGCCACCUCACGACCGGACCUGAUUGAUCCCGCGCUCCUGCGUCCUGGCCGUUUAGACAAGUCGCUCCUUUGCGAUAUGCCUUCUCACACCGACCGAGUUGACAUCAUCCGAGCUGUAAGCGAGAAGCUCAAACUAAGCGACGAAGUAAGGAACCGGUUGGACGAAGUCGCAGCCAGAACGGAGGGUUUCUCCGGAGCUGACCUACAAGCCGUGGUCUAUAACGCGCAUCUUGAGGCCGUCCAUGAUGCUCUUGAUGACCACACCGCGAACGCGAAGCCCAGCGCGAGACCGUCGGCUGUCGGCGUCAAUAAGCAUGGCAACAGCUUCACCAGCAAAUCUUUUAUCCAAUUCGUCUACUCUCCCACAGAGCAGGAAAUCGGAUCCGUCUCCAUGCCCCCUCCUGCCGUGGUUGCGGCAAAACUCGAGGCAAUGAAAAAUUCCCGUCGACGUCAGCGCCAGCUGGAACAUGGGGCAACGGGCACUAAUAGCACGAUCCCCACAUCGAUGACGAACGGCACUGGCGGCGCCUCUUCUCAAGAUGAACCACGCGAUGAGAUCCUCAUCUGCUGGAAACAUAUGGAGCGGUCACUUGCCACAACUCGCCGCUCACUCAGUGAAGCUGAACGGAGACGAUUCGAAGCUAUCUAUAAUGAGUUCGUUUUUGGGAGGAACGGCGAGAUGCCUAAUGGCGAAGCCGGAACGGAGAUCGGUGGGAGGACGAGCUUAAUGUGACUUUGACGCGAUGGAUCGUCAAUUUCAAUAUGGGGUUGACUCGCAUCUGUAUCUAUAUUUAUACCUAUUCUUGCGUGUCUGUUUAUAUCUAUACACCGUCUAUAUCCCUUCAGCCUUUUGAUAAGGGGGCUUUGGUUCGGAUGCUCGUUUGUUCUGCAUCUAUGUCUGCCUUGUAUGGCAUGCUACCUGCGUCAACUGUCCUGCAUGUACAAUGACUAGACUGCUCUGCUCUGUAUGACUCUUCUCUGUGGUAUGUAGUGGUAAUUCUCAUAAGGGACAUUUUCCUUGUGGCAAUGAGAUAUAUAUCGAUGGAUGAAUUAGAAUCAUUUAAAAAACAACUUUUUUC